CACAACUCUUACUAAAUGUUGAACUGCUCCCCUCUCAGGAGAGAUCACAGCAUGGUCAUAGAGGACUCUCAGUACGCUCACACAGACGUCUUCCUCCCUUACACCUCGCCGGACGAUGAAGAGGAGGAGGAGGGAGACGGCGAGGGCCUGGGAGGGAGGAAUAUCUCAGAGCGUUUCUCCGACCUCUCUCGGUCUUCCCCUAACAGCAGUGGAGGCACGUUGAAGGACUUUGACGACUCUCUCCAAUUUAAGUCGUUUGACUCGGUAGAGCAGGGGAGCCGCUCGUCCUCCCUGUCCAACACCGUGGACAUCCCCUCCGGUCGGCCCCAAGAGGAGGCUCUCUACCACCCUCUGUCCCCCUUCGGCACCUCACCCUUUGAGCUGGAGCUGGGGGGUAUGAGGGGUGAGAAGGGAACAUGGAACCACAACCCUGUGGGGGGUAGUCAGGCAGGCACCCCCUCCCCCCUGGAGCACAGCCGGUCGUUCCCCUCUCUGAGACCCAGGAAGAGCUCCAGUCUGUCCAACGUGCUGGACGACACCAACUAUGGAACUGACCCCCGGGCAGCUGACACCAUCUCCAACACCUCCAACCCACAGCAGAUGCCAGAGGAGGAGCUGUGUAACCUGCUGACUAACAUCGUGUUCUCUGUGCUGUGGUGCGGCAGCGGGUCGGAGGGGGGGGAGGACGCCGUGUGGAGGGAGAGGGGACAGGUCUUCUCUGUCCUCACCAAGCUGGGCUCCUCCUGCCAACUGGUCCGCCCGCCUGACGAUAUCAAAUGCAGUCUGUUAGAGAUGAUGCUGGAGUCUUCUCUGUCAGACCUGAGGGACUCUCAGGGUGUCUCUCUACCAUACUUCCCCAGUCUGCUGCGUCUCCUCAGGCUGCUCCAGGACUUCCUCUUCUCAGAGGGAACAGACAACCAGGCCCUGUGGAGCGAGAAGAUCUUUGAGGGGGUGGUGAACCUCCUGGACAGACUACAGGCGUGGCACAGCACCCCUGGUACCCCCGGGGCUCUGGAGCUCAGAGAGAUGGCCCAGAUCGGCCUGCGCAUCAUCACCGGCUACAUCCAGGAACAGGACUCACAGGUGUCUGUAAUGGCCUGCGUUAAACUCCACAGCCUCCUGCAGACAGUUCUAUCUCUGGGCUGGGACGAGGUGUGCUUCCUGCUGGGGCGACUAGGUGCCCCCCUGUGGCCCGGCGGGGUAAUGGAGGCGGGCCCCAACGGAGGACACACGGAGACCUUUUCUCAGCUCGUGCCCAUCGUGCGUACCCUCCUGGACCAACACGCUGACCCCGUGACCCUGCACGGCCUGCUGCCCAGCCUGCCAGUCACCAACGGCAGCCCCACCUUCGCCCAGGACCUCCAGAGCUACAGCCACACAGUAGAGUGGCUGGACUUCUACCAACGCCACGUGCAGCCCACCAUGGAGCAGUAUGAACUGGAUCAGUUUGGGAAGAGUCAUGACCUCAUGUCUAACUUCUGGAACUCGUGCUUUGAUGACCUGAUGAGCACUGCCAUACGGCGGGACAAAGAGAAGACCUACAGCAAAGACAAGUUCCAGGAGGUGAUAGUGGACCCGUACCUGAGGCGGGUCCGCAGUGAAAACAGCCGUUACUACAGUGGUCAGAAACAGAGCUCCGGCCAGCAGGGAGUAGUGUGGCGCCACUGGGAAUCCCUCCGCAGGCUGCUCACCAGCGAGAGAGGGGCCUGGGCACACAGAGUCCCACUAGAGGUGAAAUGGAAGUUGUCCAGCGCGGAGACGUACUCUAAGAUGCGUCUGAAACUAGUGCCGAACUACCAGUACGACACUCACCAGGAAGCCAGCGCCUUCAGAGACAAUAUGGGAGCUGAUAGUCCUCGCAGUUCAGAACCCCUCCCAUUGGCUGUUGCCAAGGAGGCCAAAGUGAGUGACAUGGAGGAUGACCAGUUAGGAGAGGAGGACAUUGUCUUUCUGGACAAUAAGGUGGAGGGGGAGGACGACAGUCAGAAGGAGAAGCUGGUUCUGUCGGAGGACUGUGAGCUCAUCACCAUCGUGGCGGUGGUUCCGGGUCGGCUGGAGGUCACCACACAUCACCUGUACUUCUACGACGCCAGCAGCGAGAAGGAGGAGACGGAAGAGGGUGAGGACAUAAAGACGUCUGGCAAUGAACACUAUGGGGCAGUUUCCCAGACACAGAUUAAAUCUAGUCUUGAGACCGAAUUGGUUUUUGAUUUCAAGCGGCCCCUGUCUCAGCUGAGAGAGGUGCACCUGAGACGCUACAACCUGCGUCGCUCUGCUGUGGAGCUGUUCUUCAUCGACCAGUCACACUACUUCAUCAACUUCAAGAAGAAGGUGAGGAACAUGGUGUACUCUAGGAUCCUGGGGCUGCGGCCCCCCAACCUCUUCUAUUUCGGCUCCCGCUCUCCUCAGGAGCUCCUCAAGGCUUCUGGACUCACACAGAGAUGGGUAUGCAGAGAGAUUUCCAACUUUGAAUAUCUGAUGCAACUGAACACCAUCUCUGGACGUACCUACAACGACCUGUCUCAGUACCCUGUGUUCCCAUGGGUGCUGAGUGACUACACCUCUCCAGUUCUGGACCUGGAGAACCCAGCCGUGUUCAGAGACCUGUCCAAACCCAUGGGAGUAGUCAACCCCCGCCACGCACAGAACGUCAGGGAGAAGUAUGAGAGCUUUGAGGACUCAACGGGCACCAUAGAUAAGUUCCACUACGGAACACACUACUCUAACGCUGCAGGAGUCAUGCACUACAUGAUCCGUAUGGAGCCCUUCACUACCCUCCACAUACAGCUGCAGAGUGGCAGGUUUGACUGUGCAGACCGUCAGUUCCACUCUGUAGCAGCAGCCUGGCAGGCUCGCAUGGAGAGUCCCGCUGACGUCAAGGAGCUCAUCCCGGAGUUCUUCUACUUUCCAGAGUUCCUGCAGAACAUCAACGGGUUUGACCUGGGCAGUCUGCAGAUGACCCAGAACAAUGUGACUGAUGUUCUGUUACCACAAUGGGCCUUGUCUAGAGAAGACUUCAUCAGGAAACACAGGAAAGCUCUGGAGUGUGAACACGUUUCCUCUCAUCUCCAUGAGUGGAUUGACCUGAUCUUUGGCUGCAAGCAGAGAGGGGAGGAGGCGGUGGAGGCUCUCAAUGUCUUCUACUACUGCACCUAUGAAGGAGCGGUGGAUCUGGACGCCAUAGCCAAUGAGACGGAGCGCAAGGCCCUGGAGGGCAUCAUCAGUAACUUUGGACAGACGCCCUGUCAACUACUCAAGGAGCCACACCCUCCUCGUAUGUCAUCAGAGAAUGCAUCUAGGAGGCAGGCCCGCAUGGACACUCUACCCCCCAACCUGUUUGAACAGCUCGACAAACUACGCCCUUUUAAGGAGGUGGUGUGUGAUGGGCGACCUCUGGUCCAGGCGGUGGUUCCCAGGAACCAGAACCGCUCCUUUAUCAUCCAGGGCUCUGACGUACUGGUGACAGUGAGUUCUGACGGCCUGAUUGGGACCCACAGCUGGCUGCCUUACGAUAAGAACAUCGCCAACUACUUCACCUUCACCAAGGACCCCACCGUGGCCAAUCCCAAAACCCAGCGGUUCCUCAGUGGUCUCUUCGCCCCAGGGGUAGAUCUCAGUACCCAGGUGUUGGUGGUGUCCAACGAUGGCCGUCUGCUGUUCAGUGGAGGACACUGGGACUGCAGCCUCCGAGUCACCCAGCUGGGAAAGGGCAAACUGGUGGGCAGGAUCUGCCGACACAUCGACGUGGUGACAUGUCUGAUAGUGAUGAGUGUCCUGUAG